GUUGUAGAUAAUCUAAUAUAUGCGUUAAGUAAUAACAAUAUUGGAGUUGUUUAUAUGGACUUCAGAGCAAAUAACAGCAAAAGCACCUAUUAUGAACAUCAAAGAAAAGGUCUUGACACAUCUGAAGAACGAACAAGUUUCAUACUUUGUGAGGCUUACGAAUGCGAAAAUAUUAUUUCUGAGUUAACAGAUAUAAAUUUCAUCCACCGUUCGAUGCUAUAUAUUUUCUACUGGGAACACGGGGCAGUUAGUACAAAGUUUUGCGACAGUAUCGAAGAAGCCAUGAGAGUGGUCGUUGUUACUCGAAGGAAACGUGUCUACCGCAUUUACUAUAACCAAGCCACACCAGAUCGCCUUAAUCACUUAUCCCUAGUGAAUUGGUGGGCAGGUCGUUUAUAUAAGAAUCCAGUGUUGCCAGCUGCGGACAAAGUGUACAAGAACUUUCGCGGGCGAGUUUUUAAUGUUCCUGUACUACACGCUCCUCCGUGGCACUUUGUUAAUUACAAAAAUUCUUCAGUUAACGUAACGGGCGGUAGAGAUGACAAGCUACUCGCACUGCUGGCUGGGAAAUUAAAUUUCAAAUACAAAUAUUACGAUCCACCAGUGCGAAGUCAGGGCUCAAUGAUAUCGGGUAACGGCACAUUCAAAGGAGUUCUUGGACUCAUAUGGAAACGGCAAGCUGAUUUCUUCCUUGGAGAUGUAACGAUUACAUGGGAAAGACUUCAAGCGGUGGAGUUCUCUUUCCUAACCCUAGCAGACUCGGCAGCUUUCCUCACUCACGCUCCAGACAAACUCAGCGAAACUCUUGUUAUCAUUAGACCCUUUCAAUGGCAGGUAUGGCCCCUGGUAUGCGCCACCUUGCUUGUAAUAGGCCCAGCUCUUUGGUUUGUGAUAGCAGCGCCCAUAUACUGGCAGCGGCGUCAACAAAAUAUGCUGCAACUAUUGGACGAAUGCUGUUGGUUCACAACUACGCUGUUCCUGCGACAAACCUCCCACAAAGAGCCCUCCCGGUCAAACAAGGCUCGAUUGGUUUCCAUAAUAAUAUCCCUCGGCGCCACUUACGUCAUUGGAGAUAUGUACUCCGCAAACUUAACUAGUCUAAUGGCCAAGCCGGCCAAGGAGCAACCCAUCGGCACGUUGGAGGGACUCGAAGAGGCUAUGAGGGAGAGGGGAUAUGAAUUAGUCGUGGAAAAACAUAGUUCUACGCUGACAAUAUUACAGAACGGAACAGGCGUAUAUGGCUCGUUGGCUCGCCUGAUGAAGCGUCAACGCAUACAGCGCGUGCGCAGCAUAGAAGUAGGUGUUCGUAUGGUGUUAUCCAGACGCCGCAUUGCUGUACUAGGAGGGCGCGAAACAUUGUACUAUGAUUCCGAACGAUUUGGCUCCCAGAAUUUCCACUUGAGUGAAAAACUUUAUACACGAUACUCGGCAAUCGCUCUACAAAUCGGCUGUCCCUAUUUGGAAACAUUCAAUAGUGUGGUAAUGACGCUCUUUGAAGCAGGUAUUCUCUCUAAAAUGACGACUGAUGAGUACAAGAAUCUUCCAGAAGCUUCUAGACGCUCCGAGAAAGUAACAGAGAGUGAGAAUAAAGAAAGUAUUGAAUCAGGAGACAGUGGUGCAACUUCACAGGUUACACAAAGUGAAUCUACAAUCGGCUUAGAACCCGUUUCACUCAGAAUACUGCGAGGUGCCUUUUGUCUCCUCGGUGUUGGAUAUUUAUCUGCUGCACUGGUUUUAUCCAUAGAGAUCCAAGUACACAAACGUAAGUCUACCAAACCCGAGGUUUUAGAAACUAAAAAAUGCAGAGCGUUAAGAAGAAUAAAAAUCCUCUUGAGACGACAAAUGAGGAGAAUGAUCAGGGCCUUUUACAGAUUUAUCGACAAUGCCCUCGCACCAAUGGUUUAG